AUGGCGAAGAUGACCACAUGCGACGUCAGCGCUGCCAAAGCCAGGGCCGCCGGAGACAUUUCCUCUGCAUUCGGAUCUUUUACGAAAAGUAAUCCCAAUUUGGAUAAAAUCUAUACCGAAAUCAAAAAAUCGUUGGUCAAAGAUCCCGUGGCUCUCCAAGAGUCUUGGGUGAGACUCAAAAAGGCGCUUUCUGCUGGCAUUGACGAAAUCAAAGAGAAGGGAAACGCCAUCAUACCCACAAUCCAAUUCUCCAACUUGGACAAUAUCACUCAGGAACAGCAUGAUGAAAUCUUAAAAAGGGGCUGCGUUGUCAUUAAAAACACUAUGUCUCGUGCUGAUGCUAUAGCAUUGAAAGAGGAUGUGAAGUCCUACAUCGCAAGAAAUCCACAGACAAAGGGCUUCCCCAGUGAUAAAAAGGUGGUGUAUGAACUCUACUGGUCCAAAGCUCAAGUCAAGGCCCGGUCCAAUGCGAACGUGCGCAAAACUCAAUUGUUCAUGAACCAGAUGUGGCAUGCUGAUGCUACAGCUAGGGUGUCAUUGAAUCAGAAUGUAAUGUACGCCGACAGAAUGAGGAUUCGUGAACCAGGGGAUAACUUGUUUUCUCUUGGUCCACACGCAGAUAGUGGCUCUUUGGAAAGAUGGGAGGACCCUGAAUACAGCAAAUGCUAUCAACCGAUCUUUGAAGGAAAUUGGGAAGCAUUUGACCCAUACGAUGCUACUCAUAGACUAAAUGUGGAUAUGACAAAGUACGAUAGCAGCGGAACUUCCAAUGUUUUCCGGUCGUUCCAAGGAUGGUUGGCGCUCUCAGAAAUAGCUCCCAAGGAAGGAACUAUUUUAUUUGCACCCUUAAUUAAGGAGGUCACAGCGUAUUGGAUUUUGAGACCUUUUUUCGAUAGCAAUGACUCCUUCAAAUUAGAUCCCGACUUUCCCGGUGCAUUUCCUGGAACAAGUCAAGAAUUUUCCAACGAGUUGCACCCAGAAUUGCAACUUGAUUCUUUAAUGACUCCAAUUCCUACAGUUGAACCCGGAGACAUGGUUUAUUGGCAUUGUGACUGUAUCCACUCUGUAGAUCCAGUGCAUGAGGGCAAAUGGGACUCUUCUGUAUUUUAUAUUCCUGCUCUGCCAUUGUGUGAUAUUAAUUUGAAGUACGCAUGGCUUCAGAGAGAGCUGUUUAUAAAAGGUUUAGCACCACCUGACUUCCCUGGUUUUCCUUUUGGAGAAGCUGAAACAACGCAUGUUGGCCGGGCAAGUCCAAAUGAUGUUGAAGACGAGGGAGGAAAAGAAGCUUUGCAAGCUUUUGGACUUCACCCAUUUAACGCAACCUCUGUUGCACCGGGAGAGAAGGAAAUAGUGGAUGAAGCCAAUAAGCUCUUGUUUGUAUAA